AUGAACUCCUCUCCCACCAAGCGACGCGUCCUCGGCUCCCUCGAUGUGAACGCGCCCUCGCCGAAUUCAAGGCCAGCCCAGCUCAAAGACGCCAAACCCGCGUCUCUGUCUCCCCAGAAGGCGAGCAUCUCCAUUGCUCCUGCCACGACCGUCGUCCACGAGUCCGAGAAGCGGCAGGCUACCAUGGCCGACGGAGAACCGCCGGCGAAGAAAGCGUGCCUGUCAACGCCCGAGCGGGAGCUCCAGAGCGCGGCUCUGAGCCAAGAGCAGGCCGAACAGUUCCUUGCUAACCUAUGUUUUCUGCGUCAGACUGCAGCACAGAGAGACACCGACCGGCGACAGCCCGCCUCGCCCGCCGCGUCGUCCGUCUUUGACGAGUCCACCCUCGACACGUCCCAGGCCACCAACCUCACGGAGCCAGACCACGAUGUCGCCGUCGCGGCCGCUGUCACGGCGCAGCUGCCCCCGGUAGCUCCCAGGCCGCGCCGGCGGAUGACGCACGCAGAGUCCAAGGACGCAGCCGAGCGUCUCAGACUCCGAUUCGCGCUGGCAAAGUAUAAGGUCGCGACGGGCCAGGCCGACGUGCCGCUGGAGCAGCUGCAACAGCGUCCCAUGCCCGGCGCGCCACUGCGGACACGCCAGCUCCCGACGCCGGCCGCCGAGCGCGAGGUCAGCCCCUCGACCGUCAGCAGCGGCGGCAGCCAAAGCGACGAGGGAGAGGAGGAGGUCAUUCAGAAUAGCCAAGAAUCUGUCUCGGCCCCUGCAGCGAGGCGCGACCUGCCCAACUUUGCCUCCCCCGAGAAGGGUGCACUGCCGCGGCUGCCACCAACGUCGGCGGCGAUCACUCCCCGGAGGAAACAGAUCGAGGAGGAGGAUGACAAGCUGACGAGCAGCGCGAUACGCGGCGGCGCGGCCAACGGCCUGUUGAGCCUGAGCUUGGCGAGGAGCUGA